AUGAGAUCGGUUGCGGGACCUGUCCGGAGAUGUGGCUGGCCAGGACAGUAUCGUGCCACCUUGCUGCCUCAGACAGUCGACUGCAACACGAGCUCUGUGAGGACCUGCGUUGUCAUCCUGGAAACGCGCUGGGAAAUGGUCGACAAUCUGUUUACUCUCCUGGAGAGUGAUGAGGUCAAAGGCACGCAGGUCAACAGGACAGCAUGCGCCUACAAAGUGGACCACUUCAGGUUCUAUCAGGUGACGAUUAUCCCAGCUGUACUGAUCAGUCUGGCCUUCUCCAUGCUGAAGACGAGAAGACGGAAGUUUGUGGACUUUCUCUGUGGCCGACCAGCCCUGGUUCACCCCAUGGACGCUCUGACGACAUCUGGCAGAAUUUCCUACGUCGCCGCAUUUGGAGCAACCACGUUCCUUACAUAUGAGGUUAUCUUUGAACAAAAGUUUGCCUUCAGAUACGAUGGACCUCUCGCCUUGAAAACACUGAUCGUGAUAGUUUCUAUGAUAUGGUACGGCAUUGUCUACUUUCCUGUCUUCGCUUCACUGGCUAUUAAGUCCAUCUUCAGCUACGGCCUUGGGGCUUUAUACGUGUGGGUCAUCACCGCCAUAGAGUUCUACAAAGUGUUUGAGUGUGACGUCAGAUGGGAAGCUCGAAUGUUGUUAGUGGGCCGAAACCUGCCGUACUUCCUCUGUCUGACCUAUCUCAGCGUCAGCUUGCCAAUCAGGUUUGCCUAUGCUCUGAAAACUAAGAAGUAUUUCGUGGCGGAGGAAUCCGAUCUUGAUGUUCCCCAGACUCUGAGUUACAUCCGGGACUCUUACCAGGGGGUGCACGUCCGGAAACUCUUCAAGAAACCCGCACCUAAACCCCCUCCACCGGAAGCAAUCAAAGACAAAAUCAAAGCCGGGCUCCUUGCUGCCAUACACGGGGUACUCUAUAAAAAUGAAAAAGGGUUCCGGUAUUCGACCCGUAUCCUGUCUGUUCUCAUGAUCGGCGUGUUUCUCCUGUACGUGAUCACCUUUGAGCUCUUGGGGAUUUUCGUGACGUUUUAUGACAAAUGCCUUAAAGCCUAUGACCUCAAGCCAGUAGAAGACGACCGUUUUGAUCCGAGCGAUCUCAAGACUUGGGUGACGGCAUUGACACAGAGUUUGAUCGUAUCGACGGUCCUAGCGGUGGCAAUCGGGCUGUUGAUGAUCCUACAUAUACUCUCCUCCUACAGAACCAAUCUGCUGGCGUUAUAUCGAGGUGAUCACAGCCACAUCCCCCCAAGGGAGGAGAGGAGUAACGCCAGCCUCAUGCUGGGAUGUAUGCGGUUUGCCGGGUACCAGGUGGGAUACAUCGCAUGGGGGUUUGUCAUCCAGUUUUUCGCCCUCGUUCCCCUUUCAGUGCUAACAAUCAUCAUCGCUUGGGGCGGGAUGUGGAGUUGGCUCGUUAACUACGUGUUGCAGCUGUGGCCGAUUGUUGUGUGGACAGUAGUGCUGAACGUCCUCCAACUACUCUUGGCUAAGUUCCUCUUUCUACAACAACGCGGGAAUACGCUGUAUAUAGACAACAGGCGGUUCUUCUUCAUCUUCACGUACUUCAUGUUCUUCUUCAACAUCUUCCUCGGCCUCGUGUCCUGCCUCAUGAGGAUCAUCAAGGCCAUCGUCCUGGGGGCCUUGUUCAUGCCACGCCUCGACCACAGCACCUUGUCCCAGAGAUUCCAGUUCUUCGAUCCUGGUUUCGCGGCGUAUGUAGGCUACAUGCACGUGGAGAACCAACACACACACCCGGUGAUGAUUGUAUUCAUCCGCCUCAUGUUGAUGAACCUGCACUUCCGGAAUCUGGGCGAGAGUAAAUCCGUUGACCUGAAUGGUUCCAUGGGAGCAGGUGAUGAGGAAGACAGCAUCCAGGGCAUCAGUAUACAAAUGAAAGGACACGAAGCCGAAUUGGAGGCGGCACAAGAAACCAAACGCCGUAAAUAUAAAGCCACCUUCAACUGGGCCGUGUUCUACACCCUCAUCAACAACCCCCAGAUCAGGGUGUACCGGAAGGGCUACAUCCAGAGCAGGAUAAAGGCAGUGGAGGAGGGGAGACGGAUCCAAGACAGUGAUCUCCCAGUGGUCGAUCUCUCCAGACUCGACACCUCGACUGACACCGACGACAACAGCAACGACGAGAACUGUACAGACGACAUGCACGACGUCAAAGCAAAACGGAUAAAUCAUGAAACUGAAACCUUAGUGUGACAAAAAGAAAGUAUUUUUCACGAGAUUACUUCGUUUUUACACACAACACGUGUUUUUGACAAUUCUGCCAAAAACAUGUUAAAGUUAAAACCUAUUUCAAGACUUCCAGGAAUGGUCGGAAGGGAUGUUUCGUUUGACUCACUGUGCAAGAUGAACAUAAGGACAUUUAUCACAUGCCUUGUCGUAUGUCGGGGCCUAUAAUAUGAUGAACGAAUGAAUGAAUUUCUAAGAUAUUACAUAGUCAAAUACAUUAUUUAGAUAACUUGACUAUGUACAAUGAAGGCAUGCCAUACAGUGCUAUGAAUACACAAUUUACAAUGUACAAUUUGUGAGCAGUAAGGUAUAUGUGUCUGGUAUAUAUGUAUGAGGCAUUUCUUCAUAUUACAUAAAAAGUGACAGUGUAAUGUA